GAUAUCUGCAGAACGACGCAAAGCAACCAAAACAAACUCUAUGCAUCGGCUGUUUCGACCGAAAAGAUGCCGAAAGUAAAGACAAAGCCUGUGAAAUUGAGCGAGCGGCUGGCGGGCGGCGCCGCGGCGGCCUCGACCUCGCGCAGGAGCUCAGCCACAAAGGCGGACGAGCAGUGUCCGGCCGGGAUGCAAGAAUUCCUCGACGACUCCGAGUUCUACGUGUCGGUCAAGGUGGACGAAGGGACCGUGAAAGGGGCGCUGCACCCGCUCGGCACGUUCCAACUGCGGCUGGUCGAGCCGCUGGACGCCGACCUGCUGGAAAAGGUGCCGGAACUGUGGCUCUACGUCAGCGCCAUUCCCGGCCGCAGCAUCGUGUACGCCGAGUGGCUCGAGGAAAAGGUCAAGCAGGCCGUGUUUUACAGGGUUGAUGAGGAAUCUGACCUUACUUUCUUGGCUGAUGAGAAGCCAGGGAAGAUUGUGUGCUUCACCCUGACGGGAGAGAAGACCGAUUUGUCUGUCCUGAGCGUGAAGGUGAGCGUGCUCGACUCGUUCGUGAGCAGCGAUGACCCUUCGAGCGUGGGCCAGGGCAGCAGCAGCGUCCGCCACCUCGUCGGACACUUCUUUGACCUCGAAAUGCCGCAGAUUGCCUUUCACAAGGCCGGCAAGGAGUCGAUGCGCAACAUCCACCUCCUCUACGACAGCAUCAAGCAGCACCACGCCCAACAGCACCUUCCGCAGACUCAGGUUCAACACCCGCUGCUGCAGGUGAGUUUGCGCCCUUACCAGAUGCAGUCGGUGCGUUGGAUGCUGUUGCGUGAGGGGCUUUCCUCGUCCGACGAGGCCUCUCAGGAGCUGCAUCCGCUCUUCCGUGAAUUGGACCAUCGGCUCUUCUUCAACCCCUAUCUGGGCACCCUCGCCAGGGAGCGGCCGGUCGCCAAACCGCCCACGCCAGGCGGAAUUCUUGCGGACGAGAUGGGCCUCGGCAAAACGGUCGAGGUGCUCGCCUGCAUCCUUGCUCACCCCUGUGCUCAUCUGCAGGAUCAAGACGAUGCCCUGGAAAUUCAGGACGUUGAGGAGGCUUUCAUCCCUGUGAAGCCAGCGGAGCACCAAGAGCGAAAAGACUGUGAGAAAUUUAUGGUGAAAACCAUCGAUGGAGUCUUCAUUAGGAAGCCGAAACGCACCCUUCCUAGCAUGGAAGACGAGGAACUCACCAAAGAUGACGAAAGUAGUCAAAGUUCGAGUGGCCGGAAGCGGUCGUUGGAGGGAGAGGAAGAAGACGACGAAUCACCAGACCGGAAACGAGUGCGUUUCAGCCCAAAAGUGUCCUUCAUCCCCUCGAAAAAGUUCGUCAAGGACGCGAGUACGGACAAAGAGCCGAGCCGGUCCAUAAUCAAACCUUUCGAGAAGCCUGAAAACCUUCCCCUCACAGACAAAGAGGUGAAAGCCCUGACGAGCAUAUCACGGAGGAAAGCGCGAGAGGAGGCGUACCUGAAGAGCUUGGCCGAGUUCUCGGGUGUCAAGCACCUGCAGAGGAAGAGCAGAGGCGCCGGUCUCUUCGACUCUACUGAAAUAGAGCGAAAGUCCAUGUUUGAGUGCGUCUGCGGCGUCGUCGCUGACGCCGCCCUUGACGACAACUCUGAAACAAAGGUGAAGUGUGCCGAGUGUGGACUUGUGCAGCACAGGAAGUGCGUCAGGUUCGUUGGUGACGCCUCACUGUACCACUGUCCCCACUGCAACGUCCGUCGGCCGCUCCUGAAGGUCAAGACAACCCUGAUCGUGGCGCCCGACGCCAUUAGUCAGCAGUGGAUGCACGAACUCGAGAAACUCGUCUCCAAGGACUCUCUCAAGGUCAAGUUCUACAAUGGAGUGUACAUGGAUGGGUACCAUCAGCCGAGUUCCCUGGCCAAAUACGACGUGUUGGUGACCUCGUACGAGGUGUUGAACAAAGAGUUAGACUACGUCGACCUGCCACACUGCAACGCGGCCGGCGGUAGGCGUUUCCGCAACGCCAAGCGCUACUCGGCGCUGCCGUCGCCGCUCGUCUGCGUUCACUGGUGGCGAGUGUGCCUCGACGAAGCCCAGAUGGUCGAGUGCACCACCACCAAAUCGGCCGAGAUGGCCCUCAGACUCACCGCCGUCCACCGCUGGUGCAUCACUGGCACCCCUGUCCAGCACUCCCUUCAAGAUCUAUUCGGCCUGGUUCUCUUCCUUGGCGUGGACCCGUACUGCGUGGACAAGUGGUGGCAGGUGCUGGUGCAAGGUCCCUUCCUUGCCGGCGACCCUGAGCCGCUGUGCCGACUGAUCUGCCCGCUGAUGUGGCGCACCCUGAAGGUGGACGUGCUCGAGCAGAUCCAGCUGCCGCCGCAGACCGAGCAGGUGCAUUGGGUCAACUUCUCGCCUGUCGAGGAGCACUUUUACCGCCGGCAGCACGUCGAGUGCGCCAACGCGGUGUUGGAGCGGCUCGCGCAGCACUCCACCCUGGAGGUUCGUCUGCAGACCCUGGACAAGGAGGCGCUGGACAAGCUCCUACGGCCGCUGCUGCACCUGCGGCAGGCGUGCUGCCACCCGCAGGCCGUCACCGGACGCAGCUCCAUUGCCACGAAUAAAAACGUCAAUCGGACCAUCACCAUGAAGGAGCUGCUCACCAACCUGAUCAACAGGGCCAGGUCCGAGUGUGAGGAGUCGCUCCGUGUCAUCAUCUCCUCGCUCAAUGGUAUCGCGGGCUUGGAACUGAUCCAGGGUCACUGGAAACAGGCGGCACAGCACUACCGCGAAGUUUUGAGCCUCGUCGAGGAAAAUAAAGAGCAAAUCAAGUCUGACAAACUGCAGCGAAUCCACACGCUGUGCAACCUUCAGGAUGUGUUGGACGCCGAAAGGGACAACGUCGUCCGUACGGAAAGCGAACGCGACCUGGCCACCGACGCCAAGUCUUUGGAGACUGAGUACCUCGCUAAAUUCAUCACCCUGGUGGAGAACGCGAAGCAGGCCCUGGAGCCGCUUUCGGCCAAGGUGGGCCAGCUGGAGGAAGGACUGGAGCUGGACGAGGCCUGGUGGAGUUCUGUUUUGACCCUGGUUGCCUCGCUUGAUGAAGAGGAAGAGGUAGUCGAGCGCGUCCGACAGGCAAUCGAAGGCGUGUCCAAAAAGACACCGAAGGACCUGAAGAAAAAAAUUCAGCAGUUCAAAAAUCUAGUUACCAUGGAAGCAACUCUCCUGAAAACCACCGAGGCGAUGGUGGACGAGCACAAACGUGUGUUGGCUGAGAUGCACAGGUUGCAGGUGCAGGAUCCGCAGGUGCUGGUCAACGAGGCCGUCGAUUGCCACUUGCGCACCAUCGUCUCCGAGCAAGCCAAGAGCAAAUCCAGGUGCUCCCUCUGCAAAGUGAGCGACAAGUUCAAGGACUACGAGAAGGUUCUCUUCCGCGAGGUGACCACCAAGGACAAUUACGAGCAUCUCGAGCUCGACGACGUCCGCAUUUUUGGACAGCUGCAGACCAUCGUCUGGGCCGCCGGAGACACGGAACGAGUGCUCAAAACACUGCUGAGCUAUGCCAAGCUGAAGAACGCUGAUGAGGCCUGGCUGAAAGAUGGUGCAACUCACCUGAAAGUCAUCGAGGCCAAGAAAAAGGAGUUCAAGAGCCUGCGGUUUCUGUGGAGCCAAAUCAACGACUACGUGUCGGCGGUGGACGAGCUGAACAUGUGCAAACUGCGCUUCCGGGUGCGCAUGGAGAACGAGCCGGUGGUGAAGCAGCAGGCGCGCAAGAAGGGCGCCAACCUGAGCAGCAACCUGCAGAACAGGGUCGAGCACAUCCACGUGAUCGAGCCGCACGAGGUGGAGCCGCAGGUGCUGCGACUCACCCUGGAGCGCAGCGAGGGCGAACGCGGUCUGCGCAGGCGCAAGGGCCAGCUGCACUACCUCCUCAACCUCGAGCAGAACGACAUCGCCUCCGACGGCGCCGACAACCCUGAGACUUGCCCCAUCUGCGCUAGAACACUCGGAAAACAGUGGACAGUCCUGGUUUGCGGACACUGCUUCUGCGUCGAGUGUUUGGAGGAGGUGAAGCGGCGGCGGGCGAACAAACGGAGCGUCGGGUGCGCCGUGUGCCGCGAGGAGACGGCGCUCGGCGAGGUUUCCUACGUCAACACGCUGAUGCAACCUGAGCUGGAGGCGCGCAAGCAGAGCCAGGUCGACGCAGAGCCGCAGCCGACCAGCCUGGCCGACCUCAAGAAGCUGGGCUACUCGGCAAAGGCCGGCGCCGUCGUCCGCGCCGCCAAGGCCAUCCUCAACGCCAACCCUGCAGACAAAAUCCUCAUUUUUUCCGCCUGGACCAGCAUGCUGGACGUGCUGCAGAGGGCGUUGACCGAAAACAACAUUUCCUGCGCUCAGGUCGGCUCCGGAAAGAAGUUCCAGGAGGCUAUCGACCUCUUCAAGGACGCGCAGAAGAAGGUGACGGUGCUGCUGCUUCCCGUCGCUCGGGGUUCCAAGGGUCUGAACCUGACGGAGGCGCGGCACGUCUUCCUCAUCGAGCCGAUCCUGAACCCUGCGAGCGAGCUGCAGGCCUUGGGACGCGUCCACCGCAUCGGCCAGGACAAGGAGACCGAGGUGCACCGCUUCCUGGUGAGAGGCACGGUGGAAGAGCGUCUGCACGCCGUCCUGAGCCACGCCAAGGGCCAGGAGGAGCCGCUGACCCUGAGGGACCUGUACGACAUGUUCGCCUCCAAAAACUCAGCAAACCCUGCCGCCGAAACAGAACCUGAGGAGCAAGACCAGCUCAACUGAGAGAAGACUCUACCUGAAGCAUUUAAUUAUUUUCCUGUCUUUGAGAUGAGACUAUUGUGAUGUGUUUUUUUUAAAUAUAUGCUCAUUAAAGUACUAAUAAA